GGUUGAAAAGUAAGACUCACACCGAAUCACACAACAUUAUUAAUCGAUGUGGUUUGCCACCUUAGCCGCGGCUUGGGCCCUACGUGGGUACUUUAUCAGGAUGAGCAAUAGGAUUUUCGACUACCCCCACGAGGAAAGAGAUAAAUAGAAGCCUUACGCUCUGAAGCAGAAGGCCAAAUCUUCAUUUUAGUUGACUGGCUCUCUCUUUGCUCAAUCCCCCAAGACAUGAAGGAAAUACACAGCCUCUAUGCAUCCCAAGCUUCGACUUCCACAACCACCAUAAUGGACAAAUCCUCCUCUGUCGGACUCGGAGGCCGAGCCAUCGACCGCCACAACCCAAUCAUCACUGAUUGUAGGAGACUGACCUCCAAACAAUCGCCCGCUUCCGCAGCACAUGCGGCUUCUCAUGAUCCACCAAUUCAACUGAAACCGGACCACCAUCAACUUCAGAACAUCAGCAAGAAAGGCUCUUCCAAGCCAACUCCUCGUGAUCAAAGCAAGAUGCUCUCUCCAAAGUCGAGUGAAGGCCGAAAAGAUUUCAUCAAGGACUCAUCUUUGAAACAGAAGAAUGUUAUCAAAAAGACAAUUGCCCUUCCCGGUGACCUUUGGACCCCUCCUAGUUCCUCCAGAUAUCUGUUAAGUGACACCGUUUUAAUCAACGACGACUCGGUUUUAACUUCGGUUUUGGAUGAGCACAAGAAGAGCCAGCCUUUGGAUCGGUUUGACGGAUUUGUCAAUUCCAAUCCCUCGUCCUCUUCUCACUCAAAACCCACUUCAGACCAGGUUGUCGUAUUGAGGGUCUCGCUGCACUGUCGAGGGUGCGAAGGAAAAGUUAGAAAACAUCUGUCCAAGAUGGCCGGAGUAACAUCCUUCAACAUAGAUUCUGCAGCAAAGAAAGUAACGGUGGUAGGAGAUGUCACGCCAUUGAGUGUCCUGGCAAGUGUUUCCAAGGUGAAAACCGCCAGGUUCUGGCCAUUCGCCCCAGCAGUUUCCUCAGCCAGUGGAUCGGACGGCAAAAUCUGACUCCUUCAGGAAAUAACGGUGUUCCUACGUCGUAAAUUGCACACAAAACCUACUUUGUAUAUUGCGCUUAGCAUAAUGGACUUGCCCUGUCUUUUCUCGAUAAAAGUCAUCGAAAGCAUCACUCAGUUCCGCUGUUCCGAAAAUCAAUUGACGUUUAAUUCGACUCGGGUUUGCACCAA